CAGCUAUCCGAAACACUGACAACGUGGUAGACAAGUAUAAUAAAAUCAUUUUGCAUUAAGGAAAUAGCAAUAUCCACUAAAUUUAAUCAUGGUUGUAAGCUGUGUAAUUAAUUUUAAAAACAAUGAACUUGGCACUUACUAUGCGGGUCAAGUAAUUUCAGGCAGUGUAGUUUUAACUGCAGAUAAGCCAAAGAUGGUUCAAGCUGUCAUUUUAAAGAUAAGAGGCUAUGCUUCCACACUCUGGACGAAUUCAAAAACAGAUACGGAUAAUAAAACCACAACAGAAAGUUACAGCGGCCAUGAAGAUUAUAUUAGAUCAAAAGUUGAGCUGUUAACAGCCGAUAGAAAAGAGGUCGCCCUUGAACCUGGCAGCCAUGUCUAUAACUUUGCCUGUCAGAUUCCCGCCGUUUGUCCAUCUUCCUUUGAAGGAUCGUAUGGACGUGUGCGAUAUAUGGUGAGUGUUAAGCUCAUCCGACCCUGGAAAUUUGAUCAGAUAUUCUCCCGUCCCUUCACUGUGCUGAAAGUGAUGGAUCUGAACAGAGAGGGCCUGUUCCUACGUACGCCGGCACAUUCGGAGGACCAGAAGACCUAUAACUGUUGGCCCUGUCGCUCGGCGCCACUGAGAUUGCAUUUGUCACUGCCCCAAAGAGGAUAUGUGCCUGGUCAGACCAUGCCAGUGACAGUGCUGGUCACAAACGACAGUCACAUUCGUGUUGAGGAAAUCAAAGCCACCUUGGUCAUGAUGGUGCUCUAUUACAGUCAGUGCAGCGUGGAGACGAUCAGCGAAAGGCUCGUGGUCAGCAAGAAGAAGGGCGAGGGUGUCACUAGGAACUGUAAGAAGCAGUUCACCUUUGACCUGCACGUGCCGGCAACGCCACCCACCUGCUUCGACUUGUGUCGCAUCAUACAGAUUGCCUACCAGGUCGAAGUCGAGACUAAGGUCAAGGGUUGGCACAUUAACGAACGGGUUCACAUGCCCGUGACCAUAGGGAAUGUACCUCUAACCAGGCAACUGCAACAACAGCCACGCCCACUUCCCGUUGAUGUUGAUGUUGUGUCACAGCAACUGAACGAAAAGGCUUUGGUUCUACUUGAAGAUACGCAAGACGAGCCGCCGCUGACCAUCUCUUAUCCAUGGGCUGUCGAUGAUACCAUUCAGCCGCCCAGCUAUGCCGAGGCCAUGCACAUAGUUCGUUCCGUUCCAACGAAGUCCAAAAACUCAACAUCCAGCCACAGCUCAAAUAAAGGCAGGGUCGUUAACCCUUCAUGUCUACAGAACGAGGAAGAGUGUGAUUUUACUCCGCUCUAUGCUGUAUUCAAUAUAACAAGUCCCAUUGAUCCGCACCUGGAAGAAGAGAAUGUUGGGGCGGAGAAUAUUGAUGGAAAGUGAGAAUUGGACAAAACCUAAACUGAAAUAAAUAAAAUACUUACUAUA